AUGAAUCUAAUCGUGAAGCUCCGCAGAAGUUUCCGAACGCUGGUCAUUCUCCUGGCGACCUUCUGCUUGGCAAGUAUCAUCAUUUCUGCCUAUUACCUCUACACUGGCUACAAGCAGGAAAUGGUCCUCAUGGAAACCACCGGAGAAGCGGAGUGUGCAGACAUCAAGCUUCUACCAUACAGGUCCGUGGAGCUGAAAACAGCUAAGCCAAUUGAUCCAUCUAAAACUGAUCCCACUGUCCUCCUGUUUGUGGAAAGCCAGUACUCCCAGCUGGGACAAGACAUCAUAGCCAUCCUCGAGUCCAGCAGAUUUCAGUACCACAUGGUCAUCGCGCCAGCAAAGGGGGAUAUUCCCCCUCUCACAGACAAUGGAAGGGGAAAAUACACAAUUGUUAUAUAUGAGAAUAUUUUAAAGUAUGUAUCCAUGGACUCAUGGAAUAGAGAGCUUCUGGAAAAAUACUGUGUGGAAUACAGUGUUAGCAUAAUUGGUUUUCAUAAAGCCAAUGAGAACAGCUCCCCAAGUACAAAACUGAAAGGAUUGCCAUUACAUCUUUACAAUAACGUAGCCCUCAAAGACUGUGUGGUAAACCCUCAGUCUCCCCUGCUGCGCAUUACCAAAGCACCAAGGGUUGAGAAAGGCCCACUGCCAGGUGAAGACUGGACAGUUUUCCAGUUUAACCAUUCCACCUAUCAACCUGUGCUUUUAACUGAACUGCAGACCUCCAGACUGCCCCCGGCAGCAUUGCCAAAGGCCGCUCUGUAUGCAACCGUCAUCCAAGACUUGGGCCUUCAUGAUGGGAUUCAAAGAGUCCUUUUUGGAAAUAACCUGACCUUCUGGUUGCACAAACUGAUCUUCAUUGAUGCCAUCUCUUUCCUGUCGGGGAAGAAGCUCGCACUGUCCUUGGAUAGGUACAUUCUGGUCGACAUAGAUGACAUCUUUGUUGGGAAAGAGGGAACGAGGAUGAACAUCAAUGAUGUGAAGGCUUUACUAGAGACUCAAAAUUUACUGCGCACUCAGGUUGCAAAUUUUACCUUCAACCUUGGAUUUUCAGGAAAAUUUUACCACACAGGGACUGAAGAGGAAGAUGAAGGUGAUGACCUGCUAUUAAGAUCUGUGCAUGAGUUUUGGUGGUUUCCCCAUAUGUGGAGUCACAUGCAGCCUCACCUCUUUCACAAUGAGUCGUCACUGGUGGAGCAGAUGAUCCUCAACAAAGAGUUUGCAAUAGAGCACGGCAUACCGACUGGCAUGGGGUACGCAGUCGCUCCGCACCACUCCGGGGUCUACCCUGUUCACAUCCAGCUCUAUGAGGCCUGGAAGAAGGUCUGGCACAUCCGAGUGACCAGCACAGAAGAAUACCCACACCUGAAGCCUGCACGGUACAGACGGGGCUUCAUCCACAAUGGCAUCAUGGUGCUCCCUCGACAAACCUGUGGCCUUUUCACGCAUACUAUUUUUUACAAGGAAUACCCUGGGGGUCCUCAGGAGCUGGACAAAAGCAUCCAAGGAGGUGAACUCUUCCUCACCAUUCUCCUGAAUCCC